AUGGCCAGCUCCACGCCACGAAAGUCCACCGGGCCUCAGAACCCCUCCAUCGUUCGACGGUCUCCCGCACUGGAGGAGGCCCAGAUCAAAGCCCCAGCCCAAACCGGCACCAGCGUCUCUGGGUCGGCCCAGCCGGCCGCGAUCUCGCGGGGAAUCUGUAGUCGUCUCAGCCACUGGCUGUGGCCCCGAAGGUGGGGCGCACCGUGCGAAUCUGUCGUUCCGGAUUCCCCUCCGCGCUCCCCGUCGCGCCCGCGCCCGACCCUGCACAUCCAGCCCUACGACAGCGCGUCUCUCGACUGCAAGGGCUGUCGCGAGUGGAACGUGACCUGCGACCAUGCGCGUCCGCAGUGCGGCCACUGCUAUGACCAGCAGAUUAUCUGUUUCUACGUGAGCCCUAAGCAGCAGCGCAAGCGCAAGCCGAAGCGCUCUAUGGGCGCGACCGGGAGCGAGCAGGCCCUGAUCGAGGCCAGGCCGGGGUGA